AUGGUUGCGCACUUGAACCGAUUCUUGAGUUCUGGCGCCGGACUGGAGAAGACACUCCGUCUAAUCCAGUCCCUGGCACAGAUUGCCGCGGUGUUUAGUGUGGGGAGUACCGCAGUCCGAUUUACCACUGCCAAGUUGCAAUUGGCGCUGACUCGACGGUUCUUCCGUUUCUUCGGAUUCAUCGAGUCCUUCCAUCGCGUUUCUACGUUGCUCAGCAAUGGUGGGAUGGGCUCUGUGCCUGGCUGGAUCGAUCUGGCCAAAUGGACUUGCUUUGGACUGUACUUUCUGCUUGAGGAUUUGACUAUCCUCCACGCCAUGGACGUUUAUCUCGUCCCUUGGGAAGGACGGGUCAUGAAGGAGGCAAACACCUUCUGGUUCUAUGCUUUAUCUUUUUCACUCCUGGGAUCAGUCUAUGGCUUGCUUUUCUCGGCAUCUGCUGAACCGUCACCCAAAGCAAAGGACGAGAAGAAGGACGGCGCUAAGCCUGAGAAUGAGAAGGCUAAGCCCGUUACCAAUGAGAAGGCUAACGCCCCCGAGACUGUCGCUUUGGUGAGGCAGAUUGUGGUUGAUGGCUGCGACUUGUUUCUUCCUAUCACCCUUCUGGGCUGGGUGCCCACGGGAAACUUGGUGAUUGGGCUUACCAUGGUGCUGAGCACUGUCCUGACUGGUCGGGAGAUUUGGAAAAGAAAAAGGCAAAAAGUUAAGCUGGACUCGCGGGGAAUCGAACCCCGGACCACUCCCAUGCUAAGGGAGUAUUAUACCACUAAACCACAAGCCCAGUUGUAUAUAAGGCGGCUGGGAAAUAUGCUACAUGAGCGAGUUUGA